UUGUAGUGCUGCUGGAUCGCACAAGAGACUGUUAAAUAAACCAAACCAUCUCUCUCUCUCUCUCUCUCUCUCUCUCAUUCUCAUUCUCAUUGCUCCAUAGUCCAUAACUCCAUUCCCUUUUUUCUUAUUUGGAAUUUCAACUCCAAAUUCUCCAUCUAAACUACAAAUCCCUAAAAAAAAAAACACAAUGAGAUUAACUUCAGUAAUCCACAAUAAUAGCAUCAUUCCACUCUCCCUCAAGGUUUCGCCAGCUAAUUACACUUCUAGUGUCCAAUUCUCUCAUCCUCAUUUCCCUUCUUUCAAUUCAGUUAUUAGCAAACGCCGUGGCCAGAAUUCUCCAAUUUCAUGUGCAAGAGGCACUGAACAGGAGGAUGAUCUAUCCCCUUCAGAAGCUGUGAAGACGAGUUCUCAGACACGUGAUGAUGUUGAGAAAUUUAUUACCUCUACUGCUCCCCCUUCUGUGGAUAAAGCAGAGGAGAAAGUUAAAGGAAAUUAUAAGACAUCGAUUAAAACUGUUGCUUUAUGUGUGUGCACUGCUGUGGCAUUUGGCUUUGGUGUUGGUUUGAAAGAUGGUGUUGGCAAGGCGUCUGAGUUUUUUGCCGGGUAUAUUUUGGAGCAAAGCUUGUCGGUGGACAAUCUAUUUGUCUUUGUUCUGAUUUUCAAGUAUUUUAAAGUGCCACUUAUGUAUCAGAAUCGGGUGCUUUCAUAUGGAAUUGCUGGAGCAAUCAUCUUCCGUCUGUCAUUGAUACUUCUUGGAACAGCUACUCUCCAGAGGUUUGAGGCAGUCAACCUAUUCCUGGCUACAAUACUCCUUUACUCAUCUUUCAAGCUAUUUGCCACUGAAGAGGAUGACAGCGACCUAUCAGACAACUUUAUAGUGAAGACGUGCCAGAGAUUUAUCCCUGUCACUUCUAAUUAUGAUGGGAACAAAUUCAUAACACGUGAGGAUGGUUUGUGGAAAGCUACACCCUUACUUCUGACAGUAGCAGUUAUUGAGCUCAGUGAUAUAGCAUUUGCUGUUGACUCCAUACCAGCUGUUUUUGGUGUUACACGGGAUCCUUUCAUAGUUUUUUCUUCUAAUCUCUUUGCCAUUUUAGGUCUGAGGUCUCUUUACACACUAAUUUCUGAGGGUAUGGCAGAUUUGGAGUAUUUACAGCCAUCGAUAGCUAUUGUUCUAGGUUUCAUUGGAUGCAAAAUGAUUCUGGAUUUUAUGGGUUUUCACAUAUCAACAGAGGCGUCCCUUGGAUUUGUGGCAACAAGUCUUGGUGCAGGCGUCCUAUUGAGUCUAAUGAAGAAGUCUGACUAGUUAAAGAAGCAAUAUGGAUCCAAAUAUUCUUUGCUACAACAUAAGUGGCAACAUAUAAUGUGGCACAAUGGAGGAUCAUUGAAGGAAAAGCAAAUGAAUAAACAACCGAGUAAACCAUGUAUAAACACUAUUAUCAAGCACACCUAUUAACUGGAUCAUACCUUUUAUCAUGUGUAAUACUCAUAUGCUCCUGAUCCAGUUUCUCUCUCUUGAAAUAUUGUUUCUUGAACUUUUAAUACACGAGCUCCCUUGGCUAUAAAGAGAUAGUGGACUUCAGUUAAGUAUGAAAA